AUGGAGCGCAUGGAGGUGACCGAGACCUUCGCGGGCAUCGCCCUGCCCGGCCACCUCCACACCCAGGAGUCCCUCGGCUUCGCCGCCGCCUUCACCUUCCGCCCCAGCGACGUGCUGAUCGCCACCUACCCCAAAUCGGGCACCACCUGGAUGCAGGAGAUCCUGACGCUGCUCUUCAGCCUCGGCGACGCCCGGCCGGCCAAGACCAUUCCCAACUGGGAGAGGGCGCCGUGGCUGGAGCAGAUCUACUGCCGGGAGGCUCUGCGGGACACGGGCGGCCCGCGGCUCCUCACCACGCACCUGCCCGCGCCCGUGCUGGCCCCCGCCCUGCAGCGCAGCAAGGCCAAGGUGAUCUACGUGGCCAGGAACCCCAAAGACGUGGCCGUCUCCUUCUACCACUUCCACCACCUGGCCAAGUUCCUGCCCGACCCCAGCUCCUUCGACGCCUUCCUGACGCAGUUCCUCGAGGGCACAGUGCACUACGGCUCCUGGUUUGAGCACGUCAAGGGCUGGCUGGGCCAGCGGCACCGCCUGGACAUCCUCUAUGUCACCUACGAGGAGCUGCACCAGGACCUGCGGGGCACCGCGCAGCGCCUCAGCACCUUCCUGGGGUGCCCGCUGGCACCGGGCACGCUGGCAGCCCUGGAGCAGCACUGCAGCUUCUCGGCCAUGCGGGACAACGCCAUGGCCAACUACUCCCUGAUCCCCGCCGAGAUCAUGGACCACAGCCAGGGCCGCUUCAUGCGCAAGGGGGUGGUGGGGGACUGGCGCAGCCACUUCUCCCCCGAGCAGAACGCCCUCUUCAACCGGCGCUACCAGGAGGAGAUGGGGGACACGGAGCUGCCCACACAGUGGCCCAUGGCCUGA